ACGAGCCAACAAACACACCGUCAGUUCAGAGGACAUUAACAUCCAUCAGUGCACAAGUCACAGUGUAUAACAUUAAUUUAUUCAAGCAAGCCUAAAAUCUCGCGGUGCUACCAUUCAGACAUCUUGCAUUUUAUUAAGUCUGAUUUUUUUUUACACAGAGGUAACACUGCACACAGACAGCCUUUUUUUUGGGUUUGUUUGUCCUUUUUUUAAAAAUCCACGGUACAUUUUUUUUUUUUGUGUUUAACGGAUGUGAGGCGGGUUUCGAAGCCGAGCCUCGCGUGUCAAUCCCCGCGGAGCUUCCACCGUCUCUCACGGGGCUCUCUCCAGCCGUUAUUGUGCGUCAUCUCCAUCGCUGCUGCCCCGUUUUGUUAUUUUCUCUCUCUCCCCGCUGAGGAAACAUGGCAACUCCCGCCGCGGUCAACCCGUCCGAGAUGGGCAGUGAGUUGCCGGGGACAGUAGCGAUGCCGGGAGCAGUGGGGGCCGGACAGGUGAGGAUGGGAGGAACCGUGCCAGGCCGCGGGGGCAAGAGGAGAUCAGGAGGAAUGGACUUUGAUGACGAAGACGGAGAGGGACCUAGCAAAUUUUCAAGUGUGUAUGAUGAUGAUCAGAUUCCUGGUGGGGAUAAGGAGAGAUACGCCAGAGAGAACCACAGUGAGAUCGAGCGACGCCGGCGCAACAAAAUGACCCAGUACAUCACCGAGCUGUCAGACAUGGUCCCGACCUGCAGCGCCCUGGCCCGAAAACCCGAUAAGCUGACCAUCCUGCGUAUGGCCGUCUCCCAUAUGAAGUCCAUGAGGGGCACCGGCAACACGUCCACUGAUGGCGCCUACAAGCCCUCCUUUCUCACUGAACAGGAACUGAAGCACCUGAUCCUGGAGGCCGCCGACGGCUUCCUGUUUGUGGUCGCUGCAGAGACGGGCCGGGUGAUCUACGUGUCGGACUCCGUGACACCGGUGCUGAACCAUCCCCAGGCAGAGUGGUUUGGCAGCACUCUGUAUGAACAGGUCCACCCUGAUGACGUGGACAAGCUGAGGGAACAGCUCAGUACUUCAGAAAACUCCAUGACAGGACGGAUUCUGGACCUGAAGACGGGGACAGUGAAGAAGGAGGGACAGCAGUCCUCCAUGAGGAUGUGCAUGGGCUCCCGACGCUCCUUCAUCUGCCGCAUGAGGUGCGGUAGUGCUCCUCUGGAUCACAUCUCCCUAAACCGUCUGUCUAACAUGAGGAAGAGAUACAGGAAUGGCCUUGGACCGUCAAAAGAAGGAGAGGCUCAGUACUCUGUGGUGCAUUGCACUGGCUACAUCAAAGCGUGGCCCCCUGCAGGUAUGACUAUACCAGAUGAAGACACAGAGGCAGGUCAGACUGGAAAAUACUGCUUAGUGGCCAUCGGAAGACUGCAGGUGACCAGCUCUCCCGUCUCCAUGGAUAUGAACGGCCUGUCAGUGCCCACAGAGUUUCUGUCGCGUCACAACUCCGACGGCGUCAUCACUUUCGUCGACCCACGCUGCAUCAACGUCAUCGGUUAUCAGCCUCAGGACCUGCUGGGGAAAGAUAUUCUGGAGUUCUGCCAUCCUGAGGACCAGAGUCACUUGAGAGAAAGUUUCCAACAGGUGGUGAAGUUGAAGGGUCAGGUUCUGUCCGUAAUGUAUCGUUUCCGAAUGAAGAACAGGGAGUGGAUGCUGAUCCGGACCAGCAGCUUCACCUUCCAGAACCCAUACUCUGAUGAGAUAGAGUACAUCAUCUGCACCAACACCAACGUCAAGCAGCUCCAGCAGCAGCAGCAGGCAGAGCUGGAGGUUCACCAGAGAGAUGGACUCACUGCCUACGAUCUUUCCCAGGUGCCCGUGGCCAGCGUCAGCAGUGGAGUCCACGAGGCAGGGAAGAACAUUGACAAGACGGAUGCCCUGUUCUCUCAGGAGAGAGACCCCCGCUUCGCUGAGAUGUACACCAGCAUCUCCGGAUCUGGAGAUAAGAAGAUGAUGGUUCCCUCCUCUACAGCUGGAGGACAGCAGCUGUACUCUCAGAACUCUCCCUUCCAGCAGGGACACUCUGGGAAAAGCUUCAGUUCUUCUGUGAUCCACGUCCCCGGCGUCAACGACAUCCAGCCAUCAGGCUCGUCCAAUCAGAAUCUAGCUCAGAUCACCAGACAGCUCAACCCGGGCCAGGUGGCGUGGUCAGGCAAUCGGCCCCCGUUCUCCGGACAGGCCAGUAAAGCCCAGUCCAGUCCAUUUGGUAUCGGAUCUGGCCACAGUUACCAGACCGACCCGGCCUCCUACAGUCCCCUGUCGUCUCCAGCCACUUCAUCUCCCAGUGGCAACGCCUACUCAGGACUGACAAACCGCAGCACAGCUUUUGAUGUGUCGGGGGAGAGCAGUCAGAGUGGAGCCCAGUUCCAGGGUCGACCCAGCGAGGUCUGGUCCCAGUGGCAGAACCAGCAUCACUCCCAGCAGACCGGGGAGCAGCACACACACCCCAACCCCAGCCAGACAGAAGUAUUCCAGGACAUGUUGCCCAUGGCUGGAGAUCCCACCCAGGGAACAGCCAACUACAACAUCGAGGACUUCGCUGAUCUGGGCAUGUUCCCGCCCUUUUCUGAGUAACCCCGCCCCCUCUCUCUCUCUCUCUCUCUCUGUCUCUCUCUCUCUCUCUCUCUCUCUCUCUCUCUCUCUCUCUCCAUCACUCUCAUAACUGGACUGAUGUUUGCAUUCAUCUCUCAUGUUGUCUAUUUUCUUUCCUACAUUGCUGGAUCAUCAACAGCUGAUGUGCAAGCACGGUGAAUGUCUGGGUGCACUCGUCAUUCGCACACGUACAAACACACACACAGUCCACUAAUGUUCAGGCCCACAGUUACGUACCUGUGAGCGUACACAUACCUCAUCGCUGCAAAGAGGAA